GCGUGUCGGGGACCCUGACUCGAGAAUCCAGCUCCGGGCGGCCCCACCAGACCGGGACUCGGAGGCCCGGGAGCCUGGAGAUGAGCAGCGAUGACUCCUCUCUUAUGGCUGGGAUCAUUUACUAUAGCCAGGAGCAGUAUUUCCGUCAUGUGCAGCAGGCCGCAGCCUUGGGCCUGGAAAAAUUCAGCAAUGACCCCGUCCUACAGUUCUUUAAAAUCUACGGGAUCCUCAGGGAAGAGCACAUCCAGGAUGCCAUUAGCAACCUGGAGAGCAUCCGGAAUCAUCCAGACGUGUCCUUGUGCUCCAUCAUGGCCCUCAUUUAUGCUCACAAGUGCUGCGAAACCAUUGACCGAGAAGCCAUUCAGGAGCUGGAGAGCAGCCUGAAGGAAAUCCGCAAGACAGCCAGCGCAAGGGCCAUGUACUACGCCGGCCUCUUCCUCUGGCUCAUGGGGCGCCACGACAAGGCCAGGGAGUACGUCGACCGCACCCUGAAGCUCUCCAGCAGCUCCAGAGAGGGCUAUGUGCUCCGAGGCUGGGUGGACCUCACCUCAGACAAGCCCCAUACCCUGAAGAAAUCCAUUAAGUACCUGGAACAAGGAAUGCAGGACAGCAAAGAUGUGCUGGGGCUGAUGGGAAAGGCGACCUACUUCAUGUUGCAGCAGAACUACUCGGGGGCACUGGAGGUGGUGAACCAGAUCACUGUCACCUCAGGGAGCUUCCUGCCUGCCCUGGUCCUAAAAAUGCGGCUGUUCUUGGCUCGACAGGACUGGGAGCAGACAGUCGAAAUGGGACACAGAAUUUUAGAAAAUGAUGAGUAUAAUAUCGAUGCCUGCCAAAUCCUAGCCAUGUAUGAGCUUGCAAGAGAAGGAAACACGACCACAGCUACCAACCAUGUUAGAAAUCUGAUUAAGGCACUGGAAACAAGGGAGCCUCAAAAUCCAAGCCUCCAUCUUAAAAAAAUUCUUGUGAUUAGCAGGCUGUGUGGGAAACACCAGGCGAUUCUCCGGCUGGUGUGCCCCUUCAUGGAGCGUGCAUUCGUGGCCACACCCUCCUAUGCCCAGGUGGCCACAGAGCUGGGCUACCUCUUCAUCCUGCAUGACCAAGUGAGGGAAGCGUCUCGGUGGUACUCGGAGGCCUUGAAACUGGAUGGGAGCAGUGUGGCUGCCUUAACAGGGAUCAUCUGGUGCCAGAUCCUGGACGGCCACCUGGAAGAGGCAGAGCACCAGCUGGAAUUCCUGAAGGAGGUGCAGCAGUCCCUUGGGAAGUCUGAGGUGCUGCUUUUCCUCCAGGCCCUCCUGGCAUCCCGCAAGCACACGGGAGAGCAGGAAGUCACUGCCCUCCUGAAGGAGGUCGCAGAGCUGCACUUCUCCAGCAUGCAGGGCCUCCCCCUAGGCUCUGAGUACUUCGAAAGACUGGACCCCCUCUUCCUGGUCUGCCUCGCCAAGGAGUACUUGUUCUUCUGCCCCAAGCAGCCCCGGUCGCCAGGACAGAUUGUGUCUCCGCUCCUUAAACAAGUCGCCAUGAUCCUGACUCCUGUAAUCAAAGCAGCGCCAGCGCUGAUCGAUGCCCUGUAUGUGAUGGCUCAGGUCAAGUACCUCUCAGGAGAGUUAGAGAAUGCCCAGAGCACCCUGCAACGCUGCUUGGAGCUGGACCCUACCUCCGUGGAUGCCCACCUCCUCAUGUCCCUCAUCUAUCUGGCACAGGGCAAUUUCACCAUGUGUUCCCACUGCUUAGAGCUAGGCGUCAGCCACAACUUCCAGGUCCGAGACCACCCCCUCUACCACUACAUCAAGGCCAGGGCCCUCAACAAGUCUGGGAACUAUCCAGAAGCCAUAAAGACCCUGAAAAUGAUCAUAAAAUUACCAACUCAGAAGACAGAAGGAGGCAAGAAGUUCCACGGGCCCUCUGUACAGCCCAGCGAGCGGGUGUCCAUCUUACUGGAACUGGCAGAUGCCCUCCGGAUGAAUGGGGAGCUGCAUGAGGCUACUAAGAUCAUGCAGGACGCCAUCAAUGAGUUCAGUGGCACACCAGAGGAGAUCCGCAUCACCAUCGCCAACGUGGACUUGGCCCUGAGCAAGGGGAAUGUGGACAUGGCACUGAGCAUGCUGAGGAACAUCACGCCCAAGCAACCCUGCUACACAGAAGCCAAGGAGAAGAUGGCCAACAUCUACCUGCAGACCCGCAAAGACACCCGCCUCUACAUCGGCUGUUACCGGGAACUCUGUGAACAUCUGCCUGGUCCCCACACCAGCCUGCUAUUGGGUGAUGCUUUCAUGAACAUUCAGGAGGUGAGUGAAAGCCUCAUGGCCUUGCCACAUGGUCCUCUGAUCUCAUGUCUCCAGUGGGAGAGAAGAGACAGAGAGAGAGAGACCUCUGGAUACUUUCCCCACCAGCCUGAGAAGGCCUUGGAGGUUUAUGACGAGGCCUAUAGAAAGAACCCACACGAUGCAUCCCUCGUCAGCAGGAUUGGGCAAGCCUAUGUGAAAACCCACCAGUAUACCAAGGCAAUUAAUUAUUAUGAGGCCGCCCAGAAGAUCAGUGGACAGGACUUUCUGUGCUGUGAUCUGGCUGAGCUGCUCCUGAAGUUAAAGAAAUUCAGCAAGGCAGAGAAAGUUCUGAAACAAGCACUGGAACAUGACUCUGUCAAGGACAUCCCAUCCAUGAUGAAUGAUGUCAAGUGCUUGCUUUUGCUGGCAAAGGUUUACAAGAGUCAUAAAAAAGAGGACGUGAUGGGAACUUUGAACGAGGCCAUGGACCUCCAGUCUCGGAUCCUGAAGCGUGUUCCACUGGAGCAACCAGAAAUGAUCCCCUCCCAGAAGCAACUGGCAGCCUCCAUCUGUGUCCAGUUUGGGGAGCACUACCUGGCAGAGAAGGAGUUUGCCAAGGCAAUGCGGUCUUAUAAGGAUGCCCUCUUCUACUCGCCCGUUGACAAUAAGGUGGUGCUGGAGCUGGCGCGACUCUUCCUGCUGCAGGGACAGCUAGACCUGUGUGAGCAGCACUGUGCCCUCCUCCUACAGUCUGAGGAGCACCACGAGACCGCCUCUGUGAUGAUGGCUGACCUGAUGUUUAGAAAACAAAAAUAUGAAGCUGCUGUCGAUCUCUACCACCAAGUCCUGGAGAAAGCGCCAGACAAUUUUUUGGUACUGAAUAAACUAAUUGAUCUGCUAUGGAGAAGUGGCAGACUUGAAGAUGCCCCUGCCUUCUUUGAAUUGGCCAAGAAGAUGUCCAGCCGCAUUCCUUUGGAGCCAGGCUUCAACUACUGCAGAGGCAUCUACUGCUGGCACAUAGGGCAACCCAACGAAGCACUGAAGUUCCUAAACAAAGCACGCAAGGACAGCUCGUGGGGCCAGAGUGCCACCUACUACAUGGUGCAGAUCUGUCUGAACCCAGACAACGAGAUCGUGGGCGGAGAGGCUUUUGAGAAUCUGGUGGCUGAGAGCAACUCCACCGACAGGAAGGGCUCGGAGCAGCAUGGUGUGCGCACCGCGGAGAAGCUGCUGCGUGAGUUCUACCCGCACUCGGCCCGGGGCCAGACCCAGCUGCGGCUGCUGCAGAGUCUCUGCCUGCUGGCCACCAGGGAGAAGGCCAACGUGGAGGCGGCGCUGGGCACCUUCAUCGAGAUGGCGCAGGCUGAGAAGGAGAGCGUCCCCGCCCUGCUGGCCAUGGCACAGGCCUACGCGCUGCUGAAGCAGGUCCCCAAGGCGCGCACGCAGCUGAAGCGUCUCGCCAAGGCCCCGUGGGCGCUGGAUGAGGCCGAGGACCUGGAGAAGAGCUGGCUCCUGCUGGCGGACCUGUACUGCCAGGGCGGCAAGUUCGACCUGGCGUCGGAGCUGCUGCGGCGCUGCGUGCAGUACAACAAGUCCUGCUGCAAGGCCUAUGAGUACAUGGGCUUCAUCAUGGAGAAGGAGCAGUCCUACAAAGACGCAGCCACCAACUAUGAGCUGGCCUGGAAGUACAGUCAUCACGCCAAUCCUGGCAUUGGCUUCAAACUCGCUUUCAACUACUUGAAGGACAAGAGAUUUGUGGAGGCCAUUGAAGUCUGCCACCAUGUUCUCAGAGAGCAUCCUAAUUACCCCCAAAUCAGAGAAGAAAUUUUGGAAAAGGCCCAAGGGUCUCUGAAGCCCUAGCUGUGGUCAGUGGGAGCCAGGGUGGGUGGAAGCCAUCAAGCUAAAGAAGUUUCUUGGAGGGGUUGGGAAGUGGGGCAGGGGAGAAGAGAUUCAGAAUAUGACAUAUUCUUACCCAUUUCUCUAUUGUGUGUGGUUUAUUUGAAUCAUGCCUCAUCUGGUCUAAGGGCAUCCCAAAGCUUUGUGUUUUUAAGGCACAAGAGGCACUUUUGCUCUGAGGAGAAGAGGGAUCCACCAGCUUAACUUAUGCUGGGCUCACUGGGCACCUUCUGUUGGGUUCCAUUUUUAUUCCAGACUCUGAGGGAGCAGAGGGGAACAAAGAGGCGGUUUGGGGAAAAAAAACAAAAACAAAAACAAAACUCCCUACAUCUAUUUUCAUAUUAUUAUGUUAGUUUAUAAAUGCCUCCCCUCCUCUAUCUGGUCUUCAGACCCCCAGAGCUCAAGAAGCGACUCCCCACAGCAUCCUGCCCAGCUGGGACACAGACAGGACGACCAGCUCAGAAGGUCCCACAGCUGAGGCUGUGUGAGGGAGGCCAUCAUCCCAUAGGCUGUGGAGGCCCUUGGCUCACUCUGUCCAUACAUUCUGUCUCCUCCCCAGGUCCUCCGCUGGCCUCUGCUGCUCCUCACUGGUUUGGGACAAACCCGAUUACCCAUGACUGGUACAGCCCAAGAAAAAAAUAGCUCCCACUUCAGAUUUUCUAAAAGACACUGACCAAGAGAUUUAUCCUCCAGAAACCUUUUUCACGCCUUGGAGGAUAAAAGCAAUGGUCCCUAUUUAGAGGAAUUAUGUUACUUGUAACUGGCAAGAGAGUGGCAGAGGUCACUUUAGCUGCAGCUCCCAACACCUCUCUUCUUGUUUCUCAUGAUGCCAGUAACAGGCCCGGUUUGGCCUCAGAGGAAGGAACUCUGAACUGGGAGUUAGGACUGUGACCUUCCCAAGAGCUUCUGCUCUGUGGACUUAAGUGUCCCCCUCUGUGGUAGGAAAUUAGAUGAGAUGUGCCUGUCCCCAAAACCAUAAUGCAAAUCCCUUCCAAUGAUAUACAGCAAACAGUUUAUAGUUUAAUAGCCAUGUGUUUAAAAAUCAUUGUUACAUAAUAGAGAAAAAUUACUAGCAUGACAAAGUCAUGAAUUCAUGAGUGCUGUUACUCAGAAUGGUUCUAACUUUUAAGUAUAUCAAUAUAAUUGAUAUAAAGCAAAAUACUUAGUAUGAGUAGAAUACAGCAAAAUUUUCAAGAGAAGUUGUCCAGUGAUGACAGUUUGGGAACCGGACAGGUAGGGGUCGCGUUUAGAAUAGACAGAAUUAUCCUUGGUGGUGGCUGAGCCUUGUCUUUGUAACACCCUGCUGACCACAUGGAUGGCCUCUUGAUUUGAGUCAGUCAUCUGGAAUGCUUUCCCCAGCUUACUACCAUUCUUCCUAUGGGAAACCGGUCCCCUUUACUAGCAUCUGCUUUACAAUCUGGUUUCUUGGGGUGGCUUGUUGAGAGACAGGUUUGUCUGUAUGGAGAAUGAUGCUGUAAAGGAUUAUACAUUAAUCACAUUUUUAUUACUGUAGAACCUAAAUGGUCUUCAUUUAUCUUUAAAAAAAAAAAAAAGGCCAGGAAGCGAUCUUAUUGCCCUAGACAGGGAGAGGGUAGGUUCAGUCCUGCCAUGGUCUGUGUCCACGGUUUAGGGCCCUGUGGGGGCUUCCCGCCAGGGAACUGGAGCGGCCAGGAGUUGCUGUCCAGACUGCCAGGCUAAUCAGAGCAGGGCCUCGGAGCCCUUGGAGAGACCCAGACUUUGAAAUCAUGCGUGCUGAAGCAAACUCUACAAAGAGUGUUCUCAGCUGAGGACCAGCAGCAGGGAGACAGAGCAAUGGAAUGUACCAGGAUACUCUACCAGGAGAAGCCAAAGUCCUAGCUAAGCUGCUUACAGGGACAGGUUACCCAUCACAGGCCAGGCACCAAGCUAUGGAUCCUCCUCUGACCAUUGAUGAUGAGGCCAUGUCCAUGCAUGUUCAGAGGUAAGAGACAGAUACCCAAAGAGUAGCAGAACUGGCAGAGAGAGGAUGAUAAAACAUAGAGAUAGUGGCAGAAACAUGAAACAAUAUGGAAGUCACAAACAUGCCCCAGGUACUCUCCUAAGUGCUGCGUAUAUGCGAACUGAAUGAGCUUUUGAGACAAGCCGUGUUAUUUGCACAGUAUUGAGGACACCAAGACCCAGUGGUGGUAAACAGUGUGAUUUGCCUAAGUCACUUUGCUAGGUAGGAGAGCUGGGAUUUGAACCUGGCAUUCUGGGUCCAUGUUCUUACCCCGUAAGCCUCAGAGAUAAAGUUAAAGAGAGCCCAGCACAGACCAAAAGGCAGAGAAUCAGAGCCAGAUCUAGUCUCCUUAUUUGGUCUUCCCUUCCAGCACUUUGUAUAAAUCCUUAUUCCUAAGGGGGAGGCUGACCUUGCUCCUCAGGCCCUAGGCUGGGAGUCCCCAGGGCAGGGUGCGGCCUGCUCCUUUGGCCCACAGCCGGGCUGCUGGGGACAGGUCAGACGGGUCUGGCUGGUGCAGAUGGCUGAGGUCCUGCAGCUUCCUGUGCGCAGCCCGACAGGAGGACUCUACCAGCCACAUCCCACUGUCUGC